AAGAUGGGCUACGACGGGCAAGCCCACCUUUGGGUUGGGGUAUUAUGAAUAUGAAUAUCAGAAUAUGGCGAUGCAAUGCACACUGGAAAUGAAUUCGAUGGCGGCCGUAAGAAAAAUAAUGGAGGCCAAUAAAAGCUUGUCGCCAUCUCUUCUAUCUUUUCGUCGGGGAAUUGCUUACAAGCUUUUCGUUGGAGGACUGUCCUUCUACACCACAGAGAAAGCAUUAUCAGAGGCCUUCUCCAAUUAUGGCCAAGUUAUUGAAGCCAAAAUUGUAACAGAUAGGGUGUCAGACAGAUCAAAGGGAUUUGGGUUUGUGACCUUUGCUUCACAAGAUGAGGCUGAGAAUGCCAUAGCAGAGAUGAAAGGAAAGGCAUUAAAUGGACGUGUUAUCUUUGUUGAUUAUGCAAAACCCAAUACCAACACUGGUGGUGGAAUGCCAAUUGCAAGAGGACCUCCUGAACCAACACCAGAUACUUGAUUUUCCCGCAUACCAUAUGAUAUAGUAUAAUGUUUAAUGUACUUGACCAAGAGAUGUGUUAUAAAAUAGUAACAAUCUUUCUUUCAUUAGCUCUUGCUCGGGUAUGUAUAAAACUUUUUUUUUUUUUUUUUCUGAGGAACAUAGAUGUUUUAUUAUGCACACAACGAUUAUAAGCAUUGAUAAGCACAAGUGAUAACUGAAGAAUUCAUGA